AGUGGCUGAGGGAACUGGGAUUGUUCAGUCUGGAGAAGGGAAGGCUCGGGGGAGACUUUAUUGCUCUCUAAUCCGCUGAAGGGAGGUUGUGGUUAGGAGGGAAUCAGCCUCUUGUCCCAUGUAACCAGUGAUAGAAAGAGUAGGAAUGGCCUCCAGUUAUGCCUGGAGAGUUUCAGGUUGGGUGUUGGGAAAAACAGGUUCUCUGUGAGAGUGGUCAGGCACUGUAAUGGGCUGCCCAGGGAGGUGGUGGAGUCACCGUCCCUGGUGGUGUUCCAGAAACUUUUAGAUGUUGUACUGAGGGACAUGGCUUAGAGGGAAAUACUGGUGGUAGGUGGUGGUAGGUGGACGGUUGGACUGGAUGAUGUUGGAGGUCUUUUCCAACCUUGGUGAUUCUAAGAUUCUGUGAUUGUUUGACAACUGAGAUACAAAGCGCUCAGAGGAGGGAAUAAAAAGAAAUGCAGGUGGAAAAAUAAAAUAAAUGAAGGAGGAAUGCAGAAAGUGCAAGAGCAGGAAGUGUUUGAGAAGCCAAUCCAAAACCAGGCAAGCUUGCCAGUAUCCACAGUCAGAGGAGGUCCUUGGUAUCACAGUAGCUGUGCUGUCAAAACCAGCAGCAUAUUCAUAUAACCCCACACUGUAUCAUUUCUGGUGAGAUCAGUGGAAAAAAAAGGAAAUUAAAAAAAAAAAUCUCUUUUCCUUUCAGUUCCAAACCUGAUAUUGACAUUUUUGGUGCUUUAUUUAUUUUAAAUUUCCACUCAACUUGAUAUCUUUGGAGCAGAAGCAAUGGGGUGAUUGCACAGGCUCCUUGAAAGUGUGAUUUUUAUUUCUCUCUAGCACGAAUGCUUUUUCUUCCAUGAGACUUGACUCCUCUAUCACUAAUUAAUUAAUUACUUUUAAAUUAAAACAGUGAUUUAAAUUAACUCCCUUAAUUGAUUUAAAGGAAUUCUCAUUACUUUGAAUUCAGGUUUCGUUGGACAUGGUUGCAGUUUCUUUCUAAAUUCUUAAACUUUUUAUUCACACGUCAUCAUUCUGUUCUGAAAGGCUAGUGAGCAUUAAAUUAUUCAUAGCUCUGAAAUGCUUCUCAAUUUCUGUUAAUCGUGAUAUAAGAACUAUAAUUUCAAAUUGUUGCAUGCUGAUAUUUUUACUUGAAAACUUUGACAAUUACAGUUUUUGCCUUUAACAUAGAAAGACUUGGCUGCAGUCUGAUAUCCUUUCCUUUACUUUUUGUUUCUUUUGCUCCUGAAGCAUGGAUGAUUUAUUAAUAAGAAAAAUUCAAAAUAUCUUCAACUUACUAUUGUCUUUUUCAGUGUUCUCCAUCCCUUAACUCAUCAAACACUGUUGAUAGUAUUUUAAUACCUUUAAAAUAUGAGGAAGCAUGUAUUUCCAGAAUAGACAUGAUGAAUUUAUUCUUUAACUAGAUAAUAUACACAAAAUUAAUAUGCUUACAAAUGUACUAAUUGCCCAAUUUCUUAAUGACCAUUUAGGCUAGUGUAUUUUCUCUUUGGAGGUAGGCAAGCCUACAGUCAUUAAUUAGCCACGAAUUAUAAAAGGACAGGCAGAUCUUCUUCAGGUAAAGUUGUGGAGUCUCCCUUGGACUGCAAUGGAAAAACAAUUAUUUGUAAUAUUUUGUGGCUUUCCUUGUAGCUUUUGGUUUAGUUGAAAUUGUGUCUCAACUCCGAGCAACAAAGGGGUUAAUUGCGUUUAUUACUCCCACUGUGCCUGUGGUUGGUUAACAUUCCUCUUUGAAGUGUUUAAACAUUUCUUAAUCCCAUUUUCUCUUGUUUACUUUGAAAACAAAAUGCAGUCAGAAGGGAAAUUGCUGUUUUAGUUGUUUGUCUUAAAAGCUGUCUGUCUUGUGCAGUCAAAGAAAAUAUUUAGUACUUCUCAAACAUUUUUCACACACAUUAUGUAUUUGAUUUACUUUUUGAUCUACUUAAUCAGCGCAUUGUGGUACACAAAGUUGUCUAACUACUAUUUUUUUUUUCCCAAGGAAAAUCUUACUGGAUUCCUUCAGUAUAGAAAAUACUUUUAAUUUAACAUAUGACCACGUGGCUGUCUUGUUACAAGGAGUAUUGCUUGGGUUUUGCUUGCUUCUAAUUAAUGGCAUUAAACAGCCUUGUCCUUGGAUGUACAGAGGCCAUAUAAUGCUGCACUGGGGGAAGAACUUCUCCUCUUCCUCUCCCUUUAAUGCUGUUCCAAAGGUUUCUCAUUUGCCAUAAGAGAAAGGCUCAAGUGCUUGUGUGCUUUUCAGAGUAGCUGAGGGAAAUAUAAAUGGUAAGAAAUGCGGACCCUACAGGAAGAAGCCUUUACUGUUUUUUUUUGUAUAUGUUUUUGAAGGAAACUGGAGAGUUCCAUGAUAAAACAUAAGGGCAUAGAAGACAAGUGUGGUUCUUGUAGUGGAUUCGGGGCAGAGGACACACGGGACUAGCUUUGCUCACUGAUUUGCAGGAAAGGGGUGGCUGUUGGACUUUGGAUCUUGUUAAUCAUUGCUCCAGAAUGGCGCAACAAGGAAACCUUUUUCCUCCCCUUUUUAUUCUCCCUCCAGCUUCUGGAAGCAGAGCAAAGCUGUAUUUUGUGUAGAAAGCAGGGAGUUUGGGGUUUCCAGCUGCUCGUGUCUCCCUGGUUGUCCAGGAUCUUGCUAAGAUAGCUGCUACGCACCCAUCCCAGCUGUGAGGGCAGGUAAACACAUGGGGCAGCAAGGGAGGGGGAGGAAAGGUUGACCCCUUAGCAGAGAUGUAGCCUUAGGGCUCCUUAAUUGCCCUAUAAACCUUCAUGUGAAUUUCCAUAAGGAACGAUUGGAGAGUAUCUGAGUGUGUUAUCGUGUAACACAGAGCUCUUCUGAUGUUUGGGAAAUGGAAUUACUCCUCUUUGGGACUUGUUAUGCAGGAAGAAAUUUCCUAUCUUGAGUUCAGUGCCCUGUCCCUCUCCCUCCCCAUUAUAGGGCUGCAGAGCUGCAGCACCCAGUUCUCAUCCAAGCACGAUGCCGGUGCACUACGUGACAUACAAAGGCAUUAAAUUCCCUCCUGCCUACAACUCCGUGCACAGCUUGAGUUUUGCCCACAACGAGUUCCUGGUGCGGGACGAUGACGUCUUCAACAUCACCUACCCUAAAUCUGGCACCGUGUGGAUGACUGAGAUCCUGAGCCUCAUUCGCAGCCAUGGCCACCCCAGCUGGAGCCAAACUGUCCUCAAUUCUGACCGCAUGCCUUGGUUCUCAACCCGCCUGGGUCUGGAGGCAGCCCUCAGCUACCCCUCACCUCGCCUGCUGACCUGCCACCUCCCCAGGCACAUCUUCCCCAAGUCCUUCUCCCAUUCCACUGCCAAGGUUAUCUACACCGUACGGGAUCCUCGAGAUGUUGUUGUCUCCUAUUUCUACUUCUGCAAGAUGUGCAACAGCUAUGAGGACCCCGUGUCCUUUGAGCAGUUCUUGAGGGACUUUCUCAAUGGAGAGUUGCCCCAUGGCUCCUGGUUUGAACAUGUCCAAGGCUGGAUGCAGAUGAAGGACAAGGAGAAUUUCUUCUUCAUCACCUAUGAAGAGCUGAAACAGGAUCUGCAAUGCAGUGUGCGACGCCUCUGCCAUUUUUUGGGAAAGAAUUUAGAUGAUGAUGCUAUCUCCUCAGUAGUCCAAAAUGCCUCCUUCACAGCCAUGAGGCAGAACCCGAUGUGCAGCUCCAUCUUGCUCCCCACAGACAUCAUGGACCAGACCAAAGGCCAGUUCCUGAGGAAAGGCAUCUGUGGGGACUGGAAGAACCAUUUCACAGUGGCACAGAGCGAGACCUUCAACAGAAUCUACCAGGAGAAGAUGCAGGGAUUGGACAUGGCCUUUCCUUGGGACAGAAAUCAGGAUCCAGACCUAAAUGAGGCCAGUAUGAAUGCCAAUGAUACUGAAGCUGGAUCCUCAGAAGACAGAGAUGAUGUUCUUAGAAGACAGCAUAGGCUCUGAUUAUCAUUGGAGAAAUUGAUCACCUGGUUAAAGAAACGAGAGAUCUUUGUUGUCCCAUGUUGAGAACAGUCUGAUAGCGAUGAUGCUAAAGCAGCCAAAGUCACUGAUUUCCCUGGUGUGAACAGACUGGACAAAAGUAUGGCUGCAGGAAAAUCAAGACAUUUAGCUAUUUUUCCAUAGACUCCUGUAUGGAGCUUUGUUUUGGAUUUUUGAUGAAAAUAGAGCUGAUUUCACACUGGUGUUUUUGUUGCUGCUGAGCUCUUCCUUUCAUCCACCAAGCAGUAAUUCUUAUCAUACAAGGAGAUCAAGUUAGUAAGAUGGGACUUUCCCUUGAUGAAUCCAUGCUGGUUAUGACUGACAAAAACAAUCUUCUUUACGCUCCUUUCAACAGCAGCCAGUACAGUCUUCUCCAUUACUUUUCUGAGGACUGCGGUUGGAUGGACAGUUCUGUAGUUUCCUGAGGUUAAUUGGGCAGUCUGUAGUUCCCCAGAUCUUCCCUCAUACCACAUUUGCACUUUGCCUUUAGUGAAUUGUUGAGAGAAAUCCAUUUGUAUCAUCUGCUGACUCCUUUGGAACUCUGGGAUGAAUUUCAUCAGGUUCCAUGGGCUUAGGUACAUUGAGCUGAUGCAACAGGACCCUUACAGUUUCAGAGGCCACAAAAGGAAAAUCACUGCUCCCUUAAUCAUGGUCCUGAAACUCAGAGACCGUCAUUUCUAUUUAAUACCCAAGAACCCAUUAGUACUAAAAAUGGAGGAAAUAAAAAGAAGUAUCCUUCAGAAGGACAAAAUCAGGCCAAGGUUCUAAGACAGAGUAUGACAGAAUGGCAUAUUGGGUCAAAAUUAGAGAGGCAAGGGUGCAAAAUGAGAUAGGUAGAGCAGCGAGUAUAGCAGGUAACAACAAUCCAUUGCAAAACCACAUUUACAAGAUGGGAAAGAGUACGGAAAGAGUUUAUCAGUAAUGCAGCGAGGAAGGGAAGCUAGUGAAAGUGUGUGCAAACUGAGCUGAAGUGUUGAAUCUUUUCCACUUUCAUUUUUGCUAAAAUUCUUAUUAUGACACAACUGAAAUGAUUUCUAGGAAUGAGAAACAUGGAAGACAAGUUGAAAUACUGAAUGCACACUUAGGAAAGACAGAUAUUUUGAUCUGAAUUUAAAAUCACAAUCCUUUCCAAAAUCACAAUUAAAUAUUUGGGGAAAUGGCAACGGUCAUCUUUAACGGUGCUUGUGAGAUGGGGAGGUACCAGGUUCUGGUUGGUUUGAUCUAGUGUGUGUGUUUAGAAAUGAAUGAAUGAAUAAAUGAAUGAAUGAAUAAGAAAGAAAGAGUAAA